AUACCCUCAUCACGUGACCUUCACAUCCCUCUAGGACAACCUGGACGUCUGACAGAGAGCUGCAGGGACCAGAUACCCUCAUCACGUGACCUUCACAUCCCACUAGGACAGCCUGGACGUCUGACAGAGAGCUGCAGGGACCAGGUGGCAUCAAAGAGCAAGAGAUACCCAGACCUGGAUUCAGGUUUUAGCACCCACUAUGGGGAGGCCGGGACAAGGGAAACAACCCAGACAAUGGCGCGCCUGGGCUGUCACGUGACAGAGCCCUGUGUCAUCACGUGUCCUGACGUCGGAACUGGCGGAAUGGAGCAGAUUCCAUCAAUCCAUCAACAACACAGAUCAAACAACCAUGACGCUUCCUCCUCCCUCAACCAAUCGCACCGUCGAUUACUUCUCAAGUCCAAACCAGAUUCCCACAUCUCUUCCUCCGAUUGGUCGUCCUCCUGUAAAAGACACGCCCCCUCAUCACACCGGCCAAUCAGAAGAAAGAUACGGCCACGGGUUCUCGCGGCGUUCCUGUUCGCCACACUGGUAUUGGUCGCCGUGGCUGUGGGCGUGGCUAGGAUCCGGACCCGGCCCACCGUGCAUGUGUACUUCCCGGCUUCCGCACAGAUGAUUCGAAAAGUGCGGAUGUUUUCAGAUUUCCCUGACCUUUCUGAACUGUCCAGAAACCAUUCCAGUCUGUCCCUGGUGUCCAGAUUACAGUUACUUGCUUGCAGCAGCCGUUGUCCCGACGACCACUACCUGGUCUCUGCCUGCUCCGUGGACACGGACGCCAUCUGCAAACCCUGCACGGUUUGUUUUGGGAGCCAGUACGAGGCAGCUCAGUGUACGACAACCAGGGACACCAUCUGUGUGGAUGUGUCGUUCCCUGUAGGCAUCCUACCGAUGAACAAGUCCCACCUCCCAGAUGACGGUGUCCCAAUCUCCGUGAGCCACUCCCCUAACGUCUUCCUGGAGCGUCUCGUCGACAUGGAGGCUCUAGAGACGCCCAUGUACGUCACCAACAACCAGCAAAGCCUAGACUUCGUCUGGCCGCGCCUCUCCGGACUGGACAUAGCGGUCAGCGUGUCCGGAGUCUUCCUAGUGCCAGACUACCGCGACCUGGACGCGGUGGACGACACCAAACUCUUUAACAGGAUGUCGGAGCCCAGCCAGCACACCAAGGACUACUACAACUUUGUGCAGAACUACUACUGCAGCUGCGGAGCAGGGCGAGUGCUGUGGGAUCCCGUGCUUCGAGAAGGACUUUUGUCAAAAAGCUUACAGCAAGGCAUGUCCAGAGGCCCAGGUGGAGUGUGCUACAGGUUCGACUUCAUCCACGCACAACACGACACCCGGCUGAAGAUAGAGCCGGAAGUGAUGUUGCUAGGCGACCACAUGGAGCUGAUGCGUCACCAUGACAGCCUGAUGAAGCCGUACACCAUCCGGAGACUCAAGUCCGCCAGGCAGAUGUCCAAGCAGAAGGUGUUCAACAGAGACAGCAGCGACAAGUAAGCUGCCCUACAGUCAUCAGCAUCAAGAUCUUCACUCAGCUCAUGACUGGGUGCGCCGGCCACUUCGAUGUACUCAUCAACUGUCCUGUGGAUUUCGCCGUGACCUUUAACCUCUCCACGGGCACCAGUGACCUGCCGGACAUCUUCACCCUGCAGGUCAACGACUCGCGCGCCUCACACCACCUGGUGGUCACCUCUGUGUACUCACCGCUCAACGUGGACGAGCUCACCUCGGGGAACACAGCGCAGAUGCGACACAAACAGUCCACAGAAGACGACCACAAGACCAACUUUAACGUUAUCUGGAUCCCGGUCCUCCUCAUUCUAGCCGUCACCAUCAUCUUCCUCCUCGUCAUUUUCAUGUGCCACACCUGCAUGAACAAAAAAGCCAAAAAGAUGGCGUUCUCCAACAAGGGCCGGGCGGGUGACGAGGUGGUGGCUCUCAACAACCAAGGCGAGAAAACUAGCCCCUCCGUGGCUCCUACCGCCCAGGACGCCCCCAAACGGCGGUGGUUCAUCAACGUCUUCAUCGCCCUCUACGUAGUCUACUGCCUCCUGUUCACCUGCACCCUCACCUUCGGCGUCCUCUAUCUGGCACACUCCUCCGUGUGGUCCGACAUCUCCAGUCCCCAGAACUUGGGCCGAGAGCUUCAAGAACACGUGAAUAAGUCUCUCACAGACAUCCAGAAAUUCGAGCUGAAAGAACGACAGCGGAUUUUUAAAGCCUUUGAGAAAAGACGAGAGGCGUGCCUUUAUCACCUGGAGUCCGAAAACUACAGGCUUCUCCGAGACUACGAAGACACGACUCUAAAACAGAUCGGCUCGAUCUUCGUCGAAAACGGCACCCUGCACAAACUGAGCUCGCGGAUUCAGAAAGCCAACGUGUCUGUGUACAUGCAGCAGAUUGACCAGUUCGUCGAGGACUGCAACAAAACCAUCCAAUCCAUCGUACAUCGCUUCCAGGCCAACUACUUCCAGUUCCUGAGGAGCACCACGCUCAACGAUUGGCUGCUGAUGCCGCGGCAGAUUUUUCUGGUCCAAGAUGGCGAGUCCCCCGACCGUCGGUUCCUGUCCAAUAACCAGGUCAAGCAGUUCGCCUCCUGGCUGGAGAUUGACAAGACGGAGGAGUUGUUGGCGGUACAGGAGAACGUGUUUGGCAGACUAAACAGCAUCAAACCACCCAAAGUCUCCUCCCUUGACGUGACUUUCCCGUCCGCCGUGCCCUACAUGUUCCCGAAACCGCCUGUCUUUGACUUUCACUCUCACUCCUUCGCCUUCCACGUCCUUGACCCAUCCACCAACGACUCCACUGCCAACAGUUCCGCGGACCCUCCAGAGGACCCUCCAGGGGCGUGGUCAAGGAACAAGCGAGACGCUGGCGACGGGACCGGGUUCGGAAUUAGCGGAGCUCUCGCCCGAAAUCCGUCCAGUAAUUUCUCAGACAGCGCUGAAAGCCAAGAAGACUCAAAAUCAAGUUCUCCGAAAGAAGACCCACCUAAAUCGUAUUUAAAUAACGAUGCUCGUUACAAAACUGAAACAAAGGUCGACGAGAAUCAUCCUCGUAGCAGCUCAAACUCGGACGAGGCGAGAAUCGACGAUUUUGAUUUUAAAACGUUGCACGACGAACCGCGAGCGGAUAGUUCUGAGUCUAACGUCAUCCUCGACGCUCCUGGCCAGCCGAAAUCUGCAGCCCUCUCUUCCUCAGACGAGACUGGUGGUGCCGGCUCGGAGAACAGCAACGACGAUGAUGGGGGUGGAGAAGACGACGGUAGCAACAGCAGACUUUUGUUCGUCCUCAUCGGCGUGUUCCUCACGCUGGACGUGGUGCUGUGGAUCUACCGCUUCUUCUGGCUCACCACACAGCUCUACGCCACGCGGCACGGCUACGCUGACCGCAUCCCGACAGAUGACGCCUGCAAGCAAGUCCUGGAGAUUCAAACCGCGUAUCAUCUUCCGGCGUUUGAAGACCCGCAUGACGACACUUCUGGGUUCUAUGUAGACGGGAAAGAACAGCUGUACGUGUCGGACCGCGAGACAUCCGCCGAGAUCACGUUCCUGCAGAUUCCCAAGGCCAAGGACAAGGACGAUAUCCUUCAGAAGAUCUGGAACGAGAAGAUGAACGCGUCUGAUCAUCGCACCGCCGUGCGCAUGCGCCGGUGCUUUCUGGUGCGCUGGUUUCAGGAUCUGUGGAGGCUGGCUCAGCAGUUGUUGAUGUCUCAACUCGUGUGGCAGACUACCGCGUUCACGGCUACACUGAGGCGACUGUGCAACGAGGCCAAGGGACGUAACUGCGACACCCUCAAGGUCCACGAGGCGACAGGGGGAAGAAUUGUGGGAUGUAAUUUCCUCCCCUUGCAGGCGGAGACCUUCCAUGACCUGAGCCUGUCCCACAUGGAGGCCGUGGUGGCCAGAGAGGUGACCCCCCUCCUCCAGUCCUCCCGCCACAUGCUCUCCCUGGCCUUCUCCUUCGUGGUCUUCCUCCUCUGCUUCCGCCUGCUGUGCCAGGCCGGCGCCACCACCGCGCGCCACUACCUCCUGCUCACGGGCCGCCUCCCGCGCGUGCGCGUGUACCAGGCGGAGGAGCAGACUCAAACCCUCAACCGCUCGGGCGUGCACCGCCACGUGAUGCAGCGCAGCCAGUCGUGGGUGGACAGCUGUGAGAGCGGCGUGUAUGUCGGGGAGGGGGAGGACUCGGCCGCCAACAAGUUGGAGGAGAGUAAUGUGAGAUAACGCGACCCGCCGCACCGCACCCCUCCCUCAACUUAUUGUUCAUUAUUUACACGCGUGUGUAGAAGGGCGUGGCAUCUUUGGUGCCCCAACGGUCGUCUAAGACGUGAACAUUUGAUUACUUACACGAAUGUGUAGUUCGGCGUAGCUUCAUUGGUGGCUCAACGGUCGUCCUAAGACGAAGGGAUAAGCCCACGCCCAAGAAGGGUAACGCUUUUUUACUUACGUGACACGCUAAAAACCCAGAGAAACGGACAACACACGCUGUCAGUCGAAGCAGAACGGAAUAACUAACAACUAUUUCAUGCGCCAGUGGCGUCGAAGAUUCUGACUGACAGUUGCAGCUGUCGAAACGGCUAGAUAGAUAAUAUAGCCUUGACCAGGGGGAACAACAGCCAGUCCUUUGCUCGCCAAAAGCCUGUCAGUGUCUGGAGUCAGGUUGCGAAAUAUGUGCAGAGAUCUGUGUUUCCGUGCUAGUGUUUGGGCGAUCGCUGUGAACACCAUAGUCCUCAGCUGUGAACGCUGUAGACUGUCGAGGAGAAUUUGGAAGAGUUUGACGACGAUAUCGUGUUCGGAGAUGAUGACAAUGUCGUCCUGCUGAAUAUUUUGAAGACCUCGUCUCGUUGGAAAGGUCUACUUCGAUCCAUUCCUCUUCCACCGAUCUUCCUCUGAAAAAAAAAAACCCAGCCUUCCUAUAAAAAAAGUUGAAAACAUAUUACUUCCUGACCAAGUUCCACGUAGUUGGAAAACCAUGACGACAUCUCUCUCUCGUGUCCUCUCACAAUUCAGACAGACAACUGAUACAGGAUGUGUCUUCACCAACACCAACCACAGACACACGAUGAGUGAUGUGUCUUCUCCAACUUAGACCACAGACACAUGACCUGUCUUCACCGUCACAAACGACAGACACACGAUUUGUGAUGUGUCUUCAUCGACACAAACGACAGACACACGACGUGUCUUCACCUUCUGACCUCAAGUCACUCCACACAAUCAUGUCACUGACAUAUUACUAUUCGUCCGACGUGUCUCACCGACCCAAAGACCUUGACCUUGGCGAUCUAGAGCCUAGAACUAUCUUAUAUUCCAGUUGUUGUUUUUUUCUAUUGUUUUUGAUGAUAGUACUGGGAAUGUAUAAGUCGGCAGAAUAGAGUGACAGAACAAAAACAAACAAAAAUGGAACAAGGGCAUUGACCGUAAUAGUUUACAAUUUUAGGCUCAUAGGGUUAUAUUUUUAACUGACAUGGCAUCUGCGACGAAAGCUCAAAAAAGCCUAGGCUAGUGUUCAAGAUAGAAUUCAGCUUGUGAGAUGUAAAAGCCACUUUUGUCAUGGAAAAGUAACUUGUGUCACGGAAAAGUCUCUCGUGUCUUAUAUAGUCACUUGUGUCAUGAAAAAGUCACUCGUGUCUUGAAAUAGUCACUCGUGUCAUGGAAAAAAUCACUCGUGUCAUGGAAAAGUCACAUGUGUCAUGGAAAA